AAACGGCUGAUUCCUGACGAGUUUGAGCGUCUCACCAGCAUGAGGAAGAAGGACAAGGAGAAGGAGAAGCCUGGGCCUAUUCCAAGUCAUCGUCACUCCUCAGCCGCCGCCUAUGAAAUGACUGGUCAGACUGCCAUGCUGCAUGACCACCCUGAUGAAUAUGUCCUGGAACUCUUCGAACAGAUGCUGGUGGAUAUGAAUCUGAACGAGCAGAAGCAGCAGCCUCUAAGGGACAAGGACAUUAUGAUCAAACGAGAGAUGGUCUCCCAGUACCUCCACACAUCUAAAGCGGGCCAAGACCAGAAGAUGAGCACCAGGUCAGCCAUGAGCUACAUCCAGGAUUUAAAGUCAGAAACCCGAGAUGCACAGCUGCUGCUGGAAUGUCUAGAAUCUCUACGAGUCUCUCUCAAUAACAACCCUGUCAGUUGGGUGCAGAACUUUGGAGAUGAGGGCCUGGCUCUGCUGUUGAACCUGCUUAGAAGACUACAAGAGGAGAAAGACGAGUACCCAAUGAUGGGUGUGAAAUGUCAACAUGAGAUCAUUCGCUGUCUUAAAGCCUUUAUGAAUAACAAGUAUGGUCUAAAAUCCAUGCUGGAGUCUGAAGACGGGAUUCCUCUGCUGGUCAGAGCCAUCAACCCAAGGGUGCCUCAUAUGAUGGUGGAUGCUGUCAAACUGCUCUCUGCCAUCUGCAUUUUGGAACACCCAGAGAACCUUCAUGAGCGUGUUUUGGAGUCCAUCACAGAGGAGGCGGAGAAAAAGGAGAUUGAAAGGUUUCAGCCUCUUCUGUCUGGCAUGAACAAUCACAACAUUGCUCUUAAGGGUGGCUGCAUGCAGCUAAUUAAUGCCUUAAUCAGCCGAGGAGAGGAGUUGGACUUCAGGGUCCAUAUUCGCUCUGAACUGCUAAGAUUGGGACUCAGAGACCUGCUGACGGAGGUGCGGAACAUAGAAAACGAGGAGCUGAGGGUGCAACUCAUGGUUUUUGAUGAGCAGGCCGAAGAUGACUCUGAGGACCUCAAAGCACGUCUCGAUGACAUUCGCAUUGAGAUGGAUGAUGUGAAGGAGGUGUUUGAGAUACUAGUCAACACAGCCAAGGACUCCAAGGCUGAAGGCUACUUUCUGUCCCUGAUGCAGCACCUCCUGCUGAUUCGUAAUGAUUAUUUGGCCAGGCCUCAGUACUACAAGUUGAUAGACGAGUGUAUCGCUCAGAUUGUGCUUCACAAGAAUGGGGCAGACCCAGACUUCAAGUGCCGUAACCUCAACCUCAACAUUGAAGGCUUAAUAGACAACAUGGUGGACCAGACCAAGGUGCAAAAAAGUGAAGUCAAAGCCACUGAGCUGGAGAAGAAGCUGGAUGCAGAGUUGACAGCGCGCCAUGAGUUGCAGGUGGAGCUGAAGAAACUGGAGAGUGACUAUGAGCAGAAGCUGCAGGAGCUGAGCCAAGAAAAGGAACAGCUGGCCUCUUCUAAGCAGGAGCGGGAAAACGAGAACCAGGGACUACAACAACAGCUUAGCACUCUGCAACAGCAGAUUGAAAAGCUGUCUAAAGAUCUGGAAGAAGCCAAGACCAAAGUCAUCACAGUUACUGUUCCUGUGCCAACACCUGGCGUGGCCCCUCCACCACCACCACCACCUCCUAUGCCUGGCCAGAAUGCUGGUGUGGCCCUUCCACCCCCACCUCCACCCUUACCAGGCCAUGCAUGCAUGACCUUGCCCCCGCCGCCUCCUCCUUUACCGGGACAGGCCAAUAUUCCUCCUCCUCCUCCUCCGCCUCCUUUACCAGGCAUGCCAGGACCUCCACCGCCUCCGCCCCUACCAGGCAUGCCAGGACCUCCACCGCCUCCGCCCCUACCUGGCAUGCCAGGACCGCCACCCCCUCCACCCUUACCUGGGAUGGGACCUCCACCACCACCACCUCUGCCUGGGUGCCCUGGUAUUCCUCCUCCACCACCUGGCCCAGGCAUGCCUCCACCUCCACCAUUUGGCAUGGGAGGCUGGGGUGCACCUGCACCACCACAGCUGCCUUUUGGCCUCCAGCCUAAGAAAGAAUACAAGCCAGAGGUCCAGCUGAAAAGAGCCAACUGGAGCAAGAUCGGACCUGAAGACCUCUCUGAGAAGAGUUUCUGGACCAAGGCAAAAGAGGACAAAUAUGAAAACAAUGAGCUCUUUGCCAAACUCACCUUGACCUUCUCCUCACAGACAAAGACUAGUAAAGGUAAGAAUGUCACACAUACACACAUCCAUUUAAUUCUUUUUUCACAGGUCUUCUCAAGCCUUUCUCACCCUUCUUUUCCUCCAUUUGGAGGGCACACCGCACAUUUACAUUAUUCAGCAACACUGUGUCAAAACAGCAUCUCACACAAGUUCAUGAAUAAACCACCCACACCUGUGUCUGCGUAUGUGUUCAUCUUCUCAAUGUGCCCAUGACUUGCUGUGCAGAGAUCUCACUACCAGAUUAGAUGAAUUGGGACUUGGGGACAGAGGGAAAGAUGGACAAAAGGAGGAGUGUUGAGGGAGGUAUAAGGAGAAGGUCACUGAUGUCCUUUGACUA